CAAAUUUCUCAUAAAUUUUUCAAUAGUCAUCAUGACAGUCUACUUUCAUUGCCCCAACAAAACCUUAGUACCAAUCUCAUAAAUGUUAACAAUAGCAUUUUAUAUUCAGGCCUUCAUCCGUUCUUCUUCCACAACCAUGGUCUUUCUCUUCCCUCUUUUCCUUUUCUUUUCCCAUCUAAAUGCUGCAUCUUCAGCUCAUUGUAGCACCACCACCGCCACCAAAACCUUUCAAAAAUGCAUGACACUUCCUACCCAACAAGCCUCGAUUGCUUGGACAUUCCAUCCCCACAAUGCCACAUUAGACCUUUGCUUCUUUGGCACUUUCAUUUCACCUUCCGGAUGGGUGGGAUGGGGAAUUAAUCCUACAUCCCCGGAAAUGACCGGUACACGCGCCCUUGUCGCCUUUCCGGACCCUAAUUCAGGUCAACUGGUACUACUUCCUUACAUUUUAGACUCAACUGUUAAGCUCCAAAAAUCCCCACUCCUCUCUCGCCCACUUGAUACCCACUUAAUUUCUUCAUCGGCUACCUUAUAUGGUGGCAAAAUGGCUACCAUAGACAAUGGUGCCACAGUUCAAAUUUAUGCCACGGUAAAACUUGUACCAAACAGGACCAAAAUUCACCAUGUUUGGAACAGAGGACUCUAUGUCCAAGGCUACUCUCCAACCAUCCAUCCAACAACUUCUAAUGACCUUUCCUCCAUUACUACAUUUGAUGUCUUGUCUGGCUCAGCAGCUACACAGCAUAACAACAUGAAUAUACUAAAACUUGUUCAUGGGACCAUCAACGCCAUCUCAUGGGGGUUAUUACUACCAAUGGGAGCUGCAACAGCGCGCUACUUGCGCCACAUACAAGCGCUAGGGCCUACUUGGUUUUAUGUUCAUUUAGGAAUCCAAUUGUCAGCAUUUUUCCUUGGAACUGUGGGAUUUGCAAUUGGGAUCAGGCUGGGUGAAAUGUCCCCAGGAGUAACGUAUGGAAUCCAUAGGAAGCUCGGAUUUGCGGCAUUUGUUUUGGGGGCUCUUCAAACACUUGCUCUGCUGUUUAGGCCUAAGACUACACAUAAAUUCAGGAAGUACUGGAAAUCUUACCACCAUUUUGUAGGGUAUGCUUGCGUGGUGCUUGGGGUUGUGAAUGUUUUCCAAGGCUUUGAAGUUAUGGGAGAAAGCAGGUCUUAUGCUAAGCUGGGCUAUUGUUUGUGCCUAUCAACAUUGAUAGGUGUCUGCAUAGCUUUGGAAGCGAAUUCCUGGGUGAUAUUCUGUAGAAAAUCUAAAGAAGAGAAGAUGAAGAGAGGACUAAUUUCAGGAUCAGAUAAAGGUAGUGGAAUCCACAGUGGAAUACAUAGUUAAAUGACACAAAAAUGAAAACAAGGGAUUGAAAACGGUUCUCUAAACAUCCCAUUAGUGGUUAAUUUUGUGAUGUCAACUGUCAAGUCCAAUGUUGUAAGGAAUUUCCGGAUGCUGCUUUGAACUAUAGGCUUCCAUUUCUUGUAUUUAUAUCCAAAUAUACAUGAUCAAAUAUGUUGCUUAGCAAUGUUCACGGCAACAAUUUUUUAUUUAUGUUCUAUGUAAAGACCCAAAAUUUGCUUUUCUGUGAGAAGUUACGAAAAUGAUGUUGGAAUAUGAUUUCUUCUGCAAUCUGUAGAGUAAUUUAUUUGAAUUAAAAACAAGCCUACAAGGAAGCCUGUUAAUAUUCGGUUCAGAAUUCUGAGACCAAGAAUCAAAGGUACUGAGCCCAGUUUUUCUAUGGGAUUUGGCCCAAUAAAACGC